AUGGUGAAGAAGAGAAAUCAAAGAAAAGGAAAAAUACCUCGGAGAGGAACCACACCACAGUACGCCGUCUCCGGAGUUCCAUCGAAUCCAGUAUGCAUCGAAGAAGAAGAUCUCACCACCAUCAUCAUGGACCAGGUCCCCAUCUCGCAAGUUCCAUUUGAAGAGGUUCAAGAACAUCAAAACCCUAACCCAGGUAAUCUUACAGAUGAAUUACAUGGAGAUUUUACAAUUUGCCUACCCACUAUAAAUGAAACUGGGGACAACACUAAUUGUACCCAAGUAGAGGAAGAACACCCCAUGGUCGGAGUUGUUGAACCAUCAUCUCCACCUCCUCUGUCCGACAGAGAACAGAGAAAAAGAAGAAAGUCUGACCCCUAUGAAGGGGCAGAUCCGAGAGCAAAAAGACCCAACGAUUUCCCUAUCUCUGCUAGACCCCCUCGAAUAACUCCUAAUAUACCUCCCCCAAAGCAGAAUAAUCCCAAGAAACAAAAAGAAAAAAUUACAGAAGAGGAACAAGAUUGGGUUCCCGAAGACUUAAGCGAAGCCUCUGUUUGUGAUAAAGCUCAUCCAGAAAAGAAGAAAAAGAAAUUAGGUAUUAAGGAAAAAGGAAAACAGAAAGUAGUUAGUGAUGCUGACCUGUCAAAACUACCCAAGCCCUAUAGUCCAAAAUUUCUGUCUAAAGAAAAUUCCAAAACAUGGAAAAAAAUUCUUGGAGAAAAAGGAUCAGUUAUCAAUAUUGAUCCUUAUGAAGAACAGGCUGUCAAAGAAUUUUACUGCAACCUCACCAAAGACUCAUCAUCUCCUAGCAACCCUAUGUAUGGAAAGGCAUAUCUAAGAGGGAAAUUCUAUGAAUUCAAUCCAGAAAUCAUCAAUAAUCACCUAGGAACAACCAGUGAAGAACAAGGUGUUCAAAUAGAAAGUGAACAGGUUAUUCAAGAGCUUACAACUGGAAAUGUGAGUUUUGAUAAAAACAAAAUCAAGGCUGCCUCAUUAACAAGCAAGUAUGCUAUACUACAGAAAAUUGCCCUUGUGAAUUGGAUGCCCUCUCUGCAUGAAACAACAGUUAAGUGGAGUCUAGCAGAACUACUGUACAAAAUAGGGAAGGGAAUCAAAGUUAACAUUGGAGACAUUAUGUACUCACAGAUUACAAACUUGACAGAAAGUAGUGAGUCAAAGGCUUCCCUCAGUUUCCCUAAUCUGAUCUACUCUAUUCUAUCCAAACAAGGACUGAAAUCACAUGGACCGAAGACACAAGUCAAGACCAUAAACACAACCAUGAAGCUGAAAAAAGGGGGACACCAAAAUGAUCUCAAAGCCUCUAUCCCAACUGAAGAUCCAACAGAUCAGAAAACCCUACUAAAAUACUUCGAGAAAAGACUGAAUGAAUUGGAAAAUUCAGAGAAACAGAUUCUAAGGAAACAUAUGGAAAUCAAGGAGGAAAAAGCAGAAGUCCUACAAUGGCUACAAGCUCUCAAACCAGACAAUAGAGAAGAGGAAGAUAAAACAGAAGAAACUCAGAAGAAUGACCAAGAAGGAAGUGAUAAACAUGAUGAUAGCUCAGAAGAAGAAAGUCAGAAGAAUAAUCAGGAAGAAGAUGUUGAAACAACUGUUUCAACAUCCCCUGUAUAA